GCCAGCCGUGGCCUGGAAAAAGGCAGACUGAGAUAUGACCAGCACGGUGCUGGGCGUGGGGGCCGGUGUGUUCAUCCUGAUCCUGCUCUGGGUGGUGGUGCUGGUAUUGUGUAUGCUGCUGGCCAGAACCUCGGGCCUAGCCAGAUUCUCUGUUAUCUUUUUCUUCCUUGGAGCUGUGAUCAUCACCUCAGUCCUGCUGCUCUUGCCCCGUGCUGACGAACUCCCAGUUCCUGUAGUGGAAACCAAGAUUGUGGACCGUUUCUUCAUUGGCCGCUAUGUCCUGCUGGCUGUCCUCAUGGCUGUCUUCCUUGGAAGCCUCUUCCUUCUUCUCGUCCAUCACGUCCUGGAGCCCGUCUAUGCCAAACCCCUGCACUCACACUGAGCUGCU